CCGUGCCGUGCCGAGCCGAGCCGGGCUGAGCUGGCCCACCCCAACUUGCCGGGCCAGCUCGGCUCGGCUCCGCUCGGCUCCGCUCGUUUAUGUAGUGUGAACGGUAACGGGGCUGGGCUGGACGCUACAGCAGGCGGCAGACGGUAAGCAUGCAUAUCAAUUGCAUUCUUUUAGGAUGAGCGUAAAGUGUCAAUCUAGCUAUUAUACAUCACUAUGGCGUGGACAGAACAAGAAACCCUUCUUUUGAUUGAUCUUUGGGGGGAAGAGAGUGUACAAGUUCAAAUUGAAGGUUGUGCGCGCAAUAAAGAAGUGUACGCAAAGCUUGCAGCGCGUAUGCAGGAAGAAGGAUACAACCGGUCAGGCACGCAGUGUCGAGAGAAGAUCAAAAAAUUGAAGACCGACUAUAGAAAAGUAAAGGACAACAACAAUGAGAGUGGGAGAGCACGCCGCUCAAGUAGGAUUUUUGAGGCAAUGGACGCCAUUUUAGGUCAUAAGCCAGCGACUUGCCCGCCUAUUGUGCUUGAGAGUACGAAUAAUCCUGCGCAUACCGACGUUACAGCUGUAGACAGCGAUGCAAGUGGCAGUCAAGGUAUUGAGCUCGAUGACUACGGUGAUGAAAGCUGUGUGGGAGAACUUGCCCUCAGUAAUUGUUCCUCAACAGGGACUACAAGUAGAUCUACCCCAACAAGCUCAGUAUGUCCGUCUUCUCCUGUUGCCAAUACACCCACAGCUGCAAAGCAAAAGAGAAACCAUGUUGUCGAUCCAUAGCACUUAGUACGGUACUAGCGCGUGCAGUUUGAGCUAUCUAAGGUAAUUAUAUUAAGGUAGCGCGCGUGCCAAAACACACGCCUACUAAUCGGGCUAGCCGCUAACGCCACAAGCAGUGUGAACGGGGGCUGGCUCGAGUCUCUGGCCCGAGCUGGCCCGGGCUGGCUCGGCUCGGCUUCGAAGACGUGCUAGUGUGAACGGGCUAUAAGUCAAGGGAGACGGUGAACACAGCACGUGUGUGUGACCUUCACAGCGGUCAUUGGUCUAAGAUGGAUGACAUGCAAACAAAACGUGAUUACUGUUCUUCUGUUAUUAUAAACAACACAGUGUUUGUAGGGGGAGGAAUGACUGAUGGAUCUUGCUUUAGUAAUAUUGUUGAGUGUGCAGAUGUUCGUGAUAGAAAAUGGAGAACAGUCCCCUCUACAACCACAUAUAUCUCUACACUAACGUCAGUCAGUAACAGACUGGUGGGGACUGGAGGAAUGACACAACAGAGGAUUUAUUCUCCUCCUUCUAAUAUUGUAGAAUUAUAUGAUGAGAGAUCUACCAAAUGGCUUCCUCUUCCACACAUGACACACAAACGGUGGGCACAUGCUGCAUUCUCAACUCAGAAUGGAGAACUCAUCACAGCUGGAGGGUGGGCUGAAGGACUCAAAAUCAUCAUGUCAAUAGAAAGUCUAAAAUGUCCAUAACAUUUUGUGUUAACAAAUUACCUUAUUUUUUAGUUUGUGUGUAUUUGACAUUUUGUUAUGUUUAUCCAACUG